UUUUUUUAACCACUACACGCUACCUCAAAUUAAUGAGGGAAAAAUUGUUACUGUUGUCACACCCCCGCCGGGGGCCGAGGCACUACAGAGUUUGAAGAUGAACGAAGUGUAUGGUAAAGCUCAUUUUAAAUGAAACUGAGCACACAAUAAUAAUGGGACAGUUUUCCUCAACUGCGUGAAAUAAAACUGAGUGUACAAAUAUACCUAAAUGCCUAAAUCAUAGAUAAGCAAUUCAAACAGUUGAAAAGUUUGUCCAAACAGAUAGAUUGAUGCGAUUUCAAUCUUUUGAUUCUUAUUAGAAUAACACGAAAAUGCAUUAAAUUUCGCUUUAGGUUCAUACAGCAAGGACUACAAUUCACUAAAUUUUUUAUUAUAUGAAUCAAAUCAAACAGUACAGGAUCUACAAUAAUGUUAUUUCAGUAAAUAUACUAAUAAUAAGAGGAAGGUUUCCCAGGGGUUUUACGACUGUUCCUUCGGUAUUGGUUGAGGAAUUUCCACUUUGUCAUUCUUCCUCAAAUUAUUGGUUUAUCAAAAAUAUCACACAAUCUCUGAAGUUCACUCAGCAAAAUGUCAAGACUGUUCCAAACAUUCUUAGGUUCACACCAGGGAAAUGAAAAAUGAAAAUGAUAAGGGUGAAAACUAAAAUGAUAGUAAAAUCCUUUUCUAAUAAGGAGAAGGUACAAUUUUUACCCGGAAUGGAAUGAUGCGUUUUGGGAAAAUAAUGAUGUAGGACUGAUGAUGUCACAUAAACAGUAGGUAAUAAGGUGACUAUGUGACGUUUAAAUGUCAAAAUUCCGUAAUGUAUUUACAAUCUUACGUUCUUGGAAUCGUUUGGGGCAUUUGCAUAUGGGAAUGCUACUUAAAUUUAAGACAAUACUAUCUUGUCGUGUUUCACAAGGAUAUAGAUAUUUCAGAAUUUAUAAUACGAUGUCUCUCAUCAGAUAAGUUUGAAAAAGGAAGACAUUAUCACAAAGAUAAGUUGCAGAUAACGUUUCCCAAAAUAAUAGGGAACGCUUUAAUAACAACGGUCAUUAUCAGAAAUGGGUUUUACGCAAAGUUGUGGUACUUUCUUGAUGACUAUGUGCCUGUUGGAGGAGACCUCUUUUUAAGUCUACUUUGGUUAUUGAUAGUGAACGUUGGAACUGCCUUCAUAAAUUAUCCUUUAACCUUAUUUGACACGGUUUACCUAAAGGAAAAACAUGAUCAGCCAGGACAACAAUUUUUUUUCAAUUUUACGAAAACUUACAUAGAAGAUCUACUCAAUUAUCAAACACUCCACGGAUUGAUAUAUAUUACUACUUUUCUUGUCGUAUCAUCAACUGAUCAAUAUUUUUUGUUCGUCCUCUGGAUUAUGGGCUGUUUAAUAUUACUCCUUAUGGAUACCGCAUAUGACAUUCUAUUUCUCAAAAAGACUCUCUUAACAGAUCCAAAAUUGAAGCAGGGUUUUGGUUAUUUGGCCAGCAAAGUUAAUUUUCCUACUAACGAUUUGCACAUUAUUUACAGUAGAAAGGAAUGGAGUACAAUUGCACGUAUUUCAGGAUUUUUAGGAUACGAACAAGUUUAUAUACACGAAAGGGCCAUUUUCAAGCUGACAGAUGACGAAUUAUUGAGUAUUUUAGCGCAACAACUCGGCUGGUGGAUGUGUGAACAUAACAUUGUUCAAAUUUUUUUUAAAGAAAUGUAUUUAACAUUGGUAUUAACUACGUUUUCGAACUUGUUUGAUAACACUUUGUUGUAUGUAACAUUUGGAUUUUCUAAACAUCACAAACCUUUCUGUCUCGGAUUGAAUUUGAUGGUCUGGUACAUUUUACUUCCUUUGAAUGUCCUGUUGACUUAUAUCUGGCGAUUUAUGUACAGAAAUCAAACGCUAGAUGCCGAUAAUUUUACUAAGCAAACGAAAUGCGAGAAGAAAUUUCUAAAAACUUUGGCCCGAAUGAAUCAGACGAAUUAUGAACAAUUCGUUUGUAACAAUUCCUACCAUAAAUGGUAUCAUAAUGAGCCAACUAUAAUUGAACGUUACAAGAACUUGAUUGAAGAGGAUAACACGCCAACUAAAAAAGGAUUCUUUAGAAAUAUCCUUAAUAUGCUGAAAAAUUCACAUGAAGAUCGUAAAAAAUUAUAAUAUAAAUUAAUAAAAUAUAUGGAACAAUGCUAAAAAAUAGGUAUAAAUAAGGGUAGUUGAAUUAAAAAAAUUGGAAAAUAACUAAUGGAGUGUUUUGGGGAAAUCUAAAUGAAUCUUUAUCAAGCAAAUGAUAUUAAUUCACAUAAUUAAAAAAAGGAUUCAAUCCUCGCCUAAUUUAAUAACAAUAUGGUAAAUUAAUAAUUACUUAACAAAAAUACUGUAAUACACAUUUAAAUAAAGAUGAGCUACAAAAUGAGAACACUUAGAAAUUCAUACACCACACUUAUAUAAAAAUUUGCAAAAAUCGGGUAGAAGUGACGUAUACCCGGAAAGGCUAAAGGACCUUCAGUCAUUUACAAGAUCAAAAUACACAUCUCGUCAUAGUUAUCAAUCAAAAACAUCUGAUAGUUACAUACAAUGUGACCUUGAUCGUAACGUUUAAGGUCAUUUGCAAGUCUAAUGGAUUUUUUAAUUUAAAAAUUCUAAUUUCUGAUCCUGGAUUCAGAAAAAGCGCAAAAUUUUACAUUCAAGGAGGCAUCAACUUGAGACUCUUUCUUUUUUUAUUACCUCUAGAGAUUACUUCAGGGACAAAAUACCAAAUAAUGUCGAAUAAUCAGGAAAUAAUGAGUUUCGCUGAAGGAUAACUUGAUUAAAAGUUAUUUGCAAGACGACCCAACAUAUCAAAUAAGUGUCCUUAACACUUAUUACCAAAUUAUUUUCCAUUAAAACGUAUUACUUGCCGAGUAUUCAAUAUUAUUUAGUAUUUAUUUUGUUCUAAAAAAAUCUCUAAAGGGCAUUUAAAAAAGAUCUCCACGUAGAGUUGGACGCUUUUUCCAUGUCUGGUAUUAAAAAUAAUAUAUCGUAUUUACCUGGUAGGAUAAGUGAGAAUUUUGUUAAAAUUUUAAUAAAAAUACUCCAAACCUAUUAUGUGCAUUUUUUCCUAACUGUGUGUAUAAUUUCUUUCAUUUGCCAUUGAGACGGUCAGGCCUUUAGCUCAUUAAGCAACAAAACCUAACAGACUGUCGUAGUCUUUCUGGUGAGUACUUAAUAAAAAAGAAGAAAUGAAAAGUCGUUGUCACAGGACAAAGACAUCCUAUUCAUUUUUUUUUGUCUAAUACGUAAACGAGAACUAUUUCUUAGAAAGUUAUUUAGAGCAGAAGUUUCUUUCGCUGCACCUAAGUAAUAUUUAUAACACCCGCAAUUACAAACAGCGCCAGCCAACAACACAUCACCGCUCAUAAUGGCCUUCUGAACAUGUUGUGAAAAUACAAGAAAAAUAGUCACAACAUCUCAAAAAUAUAGGAAAUAUUUUCGUCGAGAUAACUGUUCUCAAUGAUGCCGGUAACAACUGUUGUCCAUGCGGUUCAGAAAAAACAGAGACGGAUUUCCGAAUAUUUCAACCAAUUCUUAUUCAUAAUAACUUUCCAAAUAUUAAUUUGAUUGGUAGUUCUUGCUACUUAAUUAACAAAAAAAACCCCUUUCUUAAUUAUACGUUGAUAAAAUUGCUUUAAUUUAAUUUCAAAUCAUAAAACAGCGACACAUCACUGUUAUAUUUCUAUAUUUACACCACACUCUUAACCCAACCUAACCCCAAAAAAAGAUCGACUCGUAGCAAUUUAAACGGUUAAUUUGGUAAAGACUUUCAUGUCCAGGAGGUGAACUGAUACUGCUCUGAUUCGGGGCCCAAGGACCGUCAUGUGUUAGAGUUGCUUCCUAACGUUUCACUAGAACGAGUGGCGAGUUUCUUCAGAGAUCCUUUUGUCUUCCACUCGAAUCAGAACAGCAUCAAUUCACCGUCAAUUUGUAUUGGCAAAUUGGAAAUAAUUUAACACUACUGGCUUGCUUAAUUGUUUUGAAACGAAAAUAGUAAUUACCUCCCCGGGGCAGAUAUAAAAAACCUUUGGGUGUUUCAUUUGAACCAGCUGCUAAUGCUGGUGGCCGGGCAGUAUAUCCAGAACAUGUUGGAGAGUACGACGGAAGAUCCACUUGAACUACCUUUUAGGAAUUGUGAAUGAAGACAGAAGAAAGUGAAUAAUUAUCUGUGGAAUAUUACUACCCUAAUAUUUGUUCAAGUGAUCCAUGGACACCACAGAAUGCUAAGCAAUGGUCUGAAUCUCUAGGUCAUGUCGUUCGUUGGACCAAAAUUUUAUGCAUGUUUAGUGGAAGUCAAUAAGAAAUAGGCGAGAUGGGUUAGUAGGAAGGCAUGAAGGUCUAGUCAUAUUA